GGGACUCUCCUGCCAUUGCUGCACCCCUGACUCGCUGCUCAUUAGGCACAGCGCCGUGACGUACCUGGCCCUGGGCAAAGUUCCUCCUCAGGGUUUUCUCCACCGUCUUCUGCCCCAUUGUCUGCGCACACGCUUGCCUGCCUGUGGCCGCUCACGAUGGCGCUGCCCGCACUGUACGUUCUUCCCCAGACAUGCAUUGUUCAAGAUAUUACAGUUGGUACAAAGCGGGGAUCUGACGAACUUUUCUCUUGUGUUACUAACGGACCUUUUAUCAUGAGCAACUCUGCUUCUGCAGCAAAUGGAAAUGACAGUAAGAAAUUUAAGGGAGACGGCAGAUCUGUAGGUGUUGGCUCUAGAGUUAUUCAUGUUCGAAAACUACCAGGUGAUGUUACAGAGGCUGAAGUGAUUUCUCUUGGACUUCCAUUUGGGAAGGUCACUAACCUUUUGAUGUUGAAGGGCAAAAACCAGGCAUUUCUAGAGAUGAGUACAGAAGAGGCUGCUAAUACCAUGGUUAAUUACUUUGCCACCGUCACACCAGUACUAAGGAGUCAGCCCAUCUACAUUCAGUUCUCAAAUCACAAAGAGUUGAAGACUGAUAACUCUCCUAACCAAGCGAGGGCACAAGCAGCUUUGCAGGCUGUUAAUUCGGUUCAAUCUGGAAAUUUUACACUAUCUGCGGCUGCUGCAGUAGAUGCUGCCAUGUCCGCUUCAGGACAGAGCCCAGUCCUCAGGAUAAUUGUGGAAAACCUCUUCUACCCAGUUACUCUUGAUGUCUUACAGCAGAUUUUUUCAAAGUUUGGGACUGUGCUUAAAAUAAUUACCUUCACUAAAAACAAUCAAUUUCAGGCACUCUUGCAAUAUUCUGAUCCCAUGAGUGCCCAGCAUGCCAAACUGUCUCUUGAUGGCCAGAAUAUUUAUAAUGCUUGCUGUACACUCCGUAUUGACUUCUCAAAGCUCACCAGCCUUAAUGUAAAAUACAACAAUGACAAGAGUCGGGAUUAUACACGCCCUGACCUACCAUCUGGAGAUGGGCAGCCCUCACUGGAUCAAACAAUUGCUGCUUUUGGAGCACCAGGACUGAUAUCUGCCAAUCCUUAUGCUAGUGCUGGCUUUCCACAAGCCUUUGCUAUUCAACAAGGCGUCCAUGGAACACUUACGCCUCUUACACUUCCAAGUGCUGCUGCAGCAGCUGCUGCUAGCAGGUUUGGUAUUCAUGGUCUUGGAAUCCCUGGGAAUGCUGUUCUGCUUGUCAGCAACCUUAACCCAGAGAGAGUUACACCCCAAUGCCUCUUUAUUCUUUUCGGUGUAUAUGGUGAUGCACACAGAGUGAAGAUUCUCUUUAACAAGAAGGAGAAUGCUCUUAUUCAAAUGGCUGAUGGAAACCAAGCUCAGCUAGCUAUGAGCCACUUAAAUGGACAGAGACUCCAUGGAAAACCUCUUCGUAUCACCGUAUCAAAGCACCAAUCUGUACAGCUACCCAGAGAGGGACAGGAGGAUCAAGGCUUGACAAAGGACUUCACCAAUUCUCCUCUACACCGCUUCAAGAAACCAGGCUCCAAGAACUUCCAGAACAUUUUCCCUCCCUCAGCAACACUUCACCUCUCCAACAUUCCACCAUCUGUGAGUGAAGAGGAUCUAAAGCUGCUGUUUGCGCAUGAAGGCUGUACCGUGAAAGGCUUUAAAUUCUUCCAGAAAGACCGAAAAAUGGCUCUUAUUCAGAUGGGCUCUGUUGAUGAGGCAAUAGAAUCCCUUAUAGAACUUCACAACCAUGACAUGGGAGAGAAUCAUCAUCUGCGGGUCUCGUUUUCAAAGUCUACUAUCUAAUUCAGGAUUUGAAGAAAAGUAAAGGACUUUAAUCCCUUAUAGGGUACCUAAGUCUUAUGGGCUCACUUACAUCAUUCCAGAUAAAAGCCACUUUACAGAGAAGAUGCAGCACUCAAGUGUCCUUGCAUUCCAGAUUUUAUUUUUUAAUUUUUUUUUUUACCAAACUUCCAUUGGUAGCAAUGUUUCUAUGGGAUAGUUGCAUUGAUGUUUUCACAAUGCCCUUAAAUGAACUCCAUACUUAAUGCUCAAUCUCUGUAGCAAUGUCAUGCUUUAGGACCAAAUCUUGGAUUUUAAAAGGACAGCUAUAAAUCUAGCAGGAUCACUAGAUUAAUGUACAAAAGGUAUUGCACAGGUGACUUGAGGGAAUAUCCAGAGCAAUUAGGUGUUUUCCUCCUGUCACACCACAUGCUGGUUUUUGCUAUGUGCCUUAACCUGAUGCAAACUCCUGAUAAUUUGCCAUGAUAAAGGGGACUUGGAUUUUAAAUACCCACUGUGAUGAGGUUAGACCUGGCUUUAGAAUAUUGCUAUAAAAUACAGCAUUCCUUUGAUCAUUCCUGUACAAUGUCAGACCAUAUAUAUAUAACUUUGCAAAUAUUAGCACCUCAGUUUUAUAUGCUUGCUUUUGCUUUAUGUAUUUAGUUUGACCUUGCUUCAAACGUGCAGGCAUUGGAUCCUGUUCCAGGGGAUGUGUUAAAAGCAAAAUUUUCUGCUUGCUCUUUGUCCAGACAUAACAUAACAUGUAAAUACAUUAAACUCACUGCAUUCAUUACCAUAAUGCAUAAAUAUCCUUUGCAAUGGUUUAAACCCUGAUCAUGCUUCAGGUUAAUAUAUCAAAUAGAAGGACCAAAACAAUUGUUUGUCUUUACAUCCAUCAUAAAAUGAGGCACGUAUUGGAGUGACAUGGCAUUAAUGCAGUGCCUGCAUUAAAACAGGAUUUCCAGCUGGAAAUCGUGUACCCUCUGGGAUACCUGUACCCAGCUGUUAAUCACAGGCGUAUUUACAUGAAUCUAACGAUUAAGGGCAGCCAUGACCUUUUGUUUAGACCCAGAUGUGGUGCUCAUGAUUUGCACCUUAUCAGACAUGUAAAUUUGUCAGCAGAAACUUCUAAAGUGCCUUUGCUUUGUCACCUCUCACUUGCGUGAGCAAAUUCUUGAAUAGGGCAUUCAAACCCUGCUUCCUUGAGCUGGUGCGUUUUGUUUGAAAUGCAGACAAUCAUCUGUUCAAAAGUAUUAACUUGUAUCUGGCCACUGCAUGGUAGUCUCUCCUGCUGUCCUCUAAUUUAUGUGAUGGACUCAAAAUUUACAUUCAUGUGCCUGAUAUGGCUGGAACUCAUGAGAUUGUCAUACACUGCAUCUGUUAAGUCCCAGGUUACAGUGUCUAGCAAGUGCCUUUUUGUCAUUCCAAAGCAUGGCCUUGCCCACUGCUUUACUAUUAUAAGGGAUUACUACGUUCAGCAACUUGUUACAAAUAGCCAACCAGUGAUAUUCUAGUUUGAGUACUCCUGUUCAGUGCCUUAUCACUUGGCCUUUGCUGAGGGCUCCCUGUAGGCAGCAUGACAUUGCUGUGGAUAGUCUUAAUAAGACAUUGUGCUGUUCUGUGGUAGAGCAGUGUGGUAUAGACAUGCCAAUUUCCAAAUAAUAUAACCGUAUAAAAACCUUAAAUUCUGAUAAGUCAGAGCUUGAUAUACUAAAGGCUCAUGUUGAAUGAUCUGUUUGGACUUGACCCUGAAGAUGUAUUGAAUUUGGGUAUUUUGUACCUCAUUAACGCGAGCAUCUAAAAUCUUGGGUUUUUGCGUGUGAAUGCAUUAACCCAGGAUUUAGGUAGGUCUGAAUGCAAAUGACCUGGGGCUUAGUCAUGGGUCUGCAACCCUUCUCCUGACCAAGGUCCUGAAACAGACCUGGGUAUUUGUUGGAGUACUAGACCUGACAAAUUCCUGGGUCAUGUGUGAAAACGGCAUUAGUAUAUCAUAACCUUACGCUGGUAUAGCAAUGGAAUGUCUCAAAGAAAUAACUGGGUCUGCCACCAGUUGCACAGUGUAAUUCAGUCUAAAGCUUCAUGAUGUAACUGGCAAUGAUUCUGAUAAACCUCCCAGUAUACUGUGCAUUUCACCCUGUAUACAUUAACUGUAAAUAUCUAGCUUUUUGUAUACCUAUUCAAGUGCAAAAGCUGUAAAACAAUAUAAUUUUUUUUUUUGUAGUGGUAAAUUGUAUAUUUCGAUAACCUUUUCUGAAAGAUUUCAGUAUUGUGGGAUGCAAAGAUGACAGCUUAAGAAAUCCAUUACCUCUAAUCAAACGUUUGUAUGAAAGACAAAUUAAAACUAUUUUAUACAAAACAUUUAUACUUUUCAGUAGGUGUUUGUUCAAAAUUGUAGUAAUCAGUUUCCUGCCAGUAUGUGUAUGGGCUUAUAAUAAACUUCUUUAUUCUUA